AUGGGAAAUGAUAAGACGGUUGUGGAACUGCUUUUCAUACUGUCUCUCCUGAGCCUUUCUCUGACAUUUUUUCCAGGGCUCAUAAAGGAUUCUGUAGAUGAGGUAGGGUAUUUUAGAGGAAACAGAGCUUCAGAAUGUUUUAAUGUUUUAGGAAUACCAGGAGAAGGCGGGAUUGAGUUCUACUCCGCAUACGGCAGUAUUGGGGACAUCAGAAUCAGGGACAUUCCGCAUGGAUCUCCAAUCACCGAAGCCAUUCACGAUCUUCAUAGGAGUAAGAAGAGAUUCACGAUUCAUAUUAACUCAAGAACAAAAAAUGUACAGAUAUAUUCACAGUGUGUGCUUCCUAGAUACAUCUUUAAGGUCAAAGAGGUGCCGAGAAUGAACCUGCCGCUCACUGAGGUAAUCAAAGCGUUGGACAUGCUCUAUCUUUCAAACGGGCCCAUGGACCAAAAACUGAUACAAACAAUAGUAUAUCUAGGACUGAGAGGAAGCUUGGAAGACAAGUUGAUUAUUCUUUAUGAGAGUAUGCUUGUUCUUAUCAACGAGGAGAAACAAAUGAUCUUUUUUGAUAUCGAUCUCGAACAUUUGUUUGGUAUGAUGCUUGGAGGGGGCACCUCCUGGAAGGGCGAGAAGAAGAACGGGCCGAAUCGGCUUCUGGUCGCCUUUAAGAUAGAGUCCAACAUGCUUUUCUUUUACGAUCCUCUGAAUGACAGACGAGGACUUGGAAAGAAGAUGGCUGGAAACACCUUAGCAAAGGGGGCGAUAAAGCUUUUCCCUUCGCCAAGAGACAUCCAAAUAAAGAAUGCUGUGGGCAGAGACGACUACGGCAAUCUGUGCGUGUUAGUAACCGACGAAGAAAGAAAGGAGGGAAUGCUCGUCCUGGAAAAGCUGAUUAUAGACCCCAUUAGGCCCAACGACUCUUCCUUCUUUUGA